UAGCAGAAAUAAGCGACCUGCCGCCGACAUGGAUCCAAGACAGGACUGUUUCUCACCCACCUAUACCUAGUAUUCUCGGCCCGCUGAAGCACGGAUGCGCAGAACAGCUUGGAGGGGGCCGGGCGUACUUGUAGCAGACCGACCUGCUGUCUGCGCUACCUACCGCCCUGCCCCCAACCUAAUACCUCCUUGUAUACUCGCAACACCUCGACGACCACUCACGACCUCCGCCGCGACGUCGACGUCAAAGAAAGCACCCGCCCGUCUGUCUGCCCUCUCCGUUCGCCCCCGGCUGGCAUCCAGCGCCUCGUGCGAACCCCGACAACAUGCGCGCGUCCGUGCCUACGGGCCUCGUCCUCGCCCUCGCCGGCGCCGCGCUGGCGAAGCCGGAGCAGAUCCGCGCCGUGCAGGCGCCCGUCUUCCACUACUACCUGCAGGCGUACCCGGAGGACCCGACGAUCCCGGUGCUGGGGCCGGAGGCGAGCAGCGAGUUCUUCGCGAUCGGGGGCACGAUCCAGAGCGCGAACACGUCGGCGUACCUGAACGUCGAGGGUGCGGGCGCGGGCGGGCCAUCGUACAAGACGCUGACGUUCGCGGCGGGCGCGAGCGCCGGCGCCGGCGCAACGGACGCCUGGGCGCUCGAGGGCGACACCAUCAUCACCCGCCACGCCAGCCCCUGGGGCCGCCAGCUCAACUUCCUCGCCUGCCAACUCGCCCCCGACUACUGGCAGGUCUACCUCCAGACCGGCAGCGACGUGCCCGCCGGCCGCACUUGUAGCAAUUACCAGAGCCUGCACUUGCCGUGCCUGUGCUAGGGGGGUACCGGUAGGGCGGGAGGAUAGGGCGGGAGGAUAGGGGAAGGGGAAGAGGGGGAGAAAGGAGGGAUUAGGGAUGUCGAGAGAGGAGAGGGGGGGAGGCAAGGUAAAGGGGUGUAUGAUUAUACGUGGGUAUAUAAUCGAAAACGCGAUAUAGCGGUCCUGUCCCCUAGCUCGGCUUGCGGCGGGAACCGAUGCGAGUUUGAAGCACCUACGUAAUCGACGCCCGAGAGCAUGUGUACUCGUAGGACACAUAGACACGUAGACACCUAGAUAUCCUUACGUGUGUAAAUGCAUACUGGUACAUACACCCGACUAAGAGAUACACAACAAAGAAGGCCUCGAGUUUUCCGGAG